AUGCCCGACAUGCACGCCAUCUUCAACUCAGCGUCACCACCUAAACUUGACCUCUCAAAUGCGCCUUCUCAGUUAUUCCAAGUACCAGCCUCCACGGCGUCCACAUCGCUCUAUUCUCUUUCAGUUAGUCGCAAGCGACCACGUCGUAACACAGAGAAACUUUCGUCGCAUUUUGACUCUUUCACUGGCUCAUCGAUGAUCCACUCCAACUACCGCUCAGUAAGCGUAAGCGGAGGCAACGAUUUCCACGCUUCUGCCGAGCUAGAUUACCGUCCGAACCGAUACCGCGAAUCCUUCCUCCCACCCUGCUUCGAUUCCGGUGACGAGUCAACAAACCUAGCGAACUACAACGGCAGUCGCAAGCGCAGCCGCCGCGACUCUUGCAUCAUAUCCGCAAGCCCUGAUGGCUCCAAGACAAAUACCACAACCACCACAGGCUGGGGCCAGACUGUGAUCAAAGCCGUUAGCAAAGUCCUCGAUUUAUGCUGGGCUGGCGCCUUCCGAGGGUUCUACGCAGGAGGAGGACAGGGCUAUGACAUAUCCGGGCCAGCAACAACCCUCGAAUCCAGCUGGCAGCCCUCAACCAGCCCGUCCACCGAGAAAGACAUGUACAGCCCGAGCACGUAUUGCUCAACGCCCGUACCUGGCCAAUAUCCAGACGAGGAGGUCGACCGAAGCUGGGUCGUGGUACCCGAGAGCUUGGAUUCAUUCGUGGGCGGCAGUGAGCUUUCUAGCCCGUCACUCCGCGCACGACGCACUUUCCAGGCAUCAAGUCCUCGCCGCAAAUCCGCUGUGAUGCCCCGGCUUGCUAAACGAGUCGCUUAUUCUUCCACCGGACCCCACUCGCCUACUAAGGGGCAGGCGGGCCUUCCAUCCCCUCGAUUGAGAGAUACCCCUGCGUCUGCUGAUAUCCAGCGACAGGCUGCUAAAAUGCGCCGAAAGGAACGAGAAGAAGAUGCCAGUAUCCAGCGAUUGAAUAAGCAGCUGCAAGCGAUGAUCCGGGAAGGUAAGGAGGCGUUGGGGACGACGGUGGUAGUGGACGAUGUGGACAUGUAUGAUUCCGAUUAG